AUGGCCCAGGAGCAGGGAGAGUCUUCAGAAUUCCGGUCGAAUGCCUCCUCAAGACCGCUUACAGGCUUACUGGUGUCUAGGAGAGUUCGUCCUCUUGAGCUGCUACAGGUCGACGCAGGCAUCUACACAUAUGGAGCCCCUGGAUCGGCUAACCCAGCAUUGCCAGAUCUCAGUCACAAGGACGGCUGCUUUGCUGGAUUGCGUACCUGGACGGAGGACGUGUUGACGCCAGCCACGAAGGAGGUUGAUGCAGCUGCAAUCUCUGACCAGUUGGACCAUCCACAAGUGGCCACACUGCGUCUUCACGCUGAGUCAGAAAACUCUCACUUUGCCCAGUGCCCCGGAGAAGUGCAUCAGCCCUUUUCCAAAGGCAACCAAUUUGCGGAUUGGCUGUUGCACUGGGAGCCAAAGUACAAGCCACGCUUGGAGCACGUCUCUCUACUGGACCAGGAUGUGGCGGAUCAGGAGCCGUUCAGGACCGCAUAUUUGUACAACCGGAUUGCCUACAAGCAAUAUGACAGCACGGAACAUGCAAAGAAGCACAUCAAAGAGAGGUUGGGAGACCAUUGGAACAUUGUUUCCCGAGUGACGGUUGUGACUGGGGCUGCGUCCAUGUACGAUGAGGAUCCAAUCAUGUUGGUCCAAAACUCCCAGAACUUCGAGUGCGUGCUGGCCUUCGCUGGCCUCAACAAUUAUGGUAAUGAACUGGCUACAGCCACGGAUGUCCGAAAGGCGUCCUUUUGUGGCUUCGAGGCUGUCCAUGCAGGCUACCGCGAUGAGCUGCGAAGGAUGAUCAAAGAUCUGUGGCCGCUGAUGCAGUCGAAGAUUGCCAAGUGCAGUCACGUGGCGUGUACGGGACAUUCGAUGGGUGGCUCUCUUUGUGAUCUCUUUGCAGCCUGUGCAAACAGUGGUCGCCAUGACGAUCCCGACUUUCGCGCACAGUCCUGGAAGAAGGAGGUUCCAAGCAUGCUUCCGGAGAUCAGCGAUUGCGGGCAGACCGUCUACAAGGACGGUGCGGAACAUCGCUGCAAGUGCCCUCCAUGUCCCAAGUGA